UUUGAACUCCUUGACGUUUGUAGUUAUUUUUUCCCUAGAAAAAAGAGAGCAGAGGUCACCAUUUCCAGGGUGCCGCUGCUCUAGACAAAUUCAAAUAUGGCGAAAAAACAAGCGUGGGUUCACUCUUCUCACCCUCGUUGGCCUUCUUAUCUCUUCUUCUUGAUCGUUGCCCUUUCUGUCUUUUCCCUUGUUGCCAUCCUCAUCUACAAGGUGGAUAAUUUCGCUUCACAAACAAAAACAAUCGUGGGACAUAAUUUAGAGCCGACGCCGUGGCAUCUUUUCGAGCCGAAGAACUUCACUGACGAAUCCCGACAUAUCCGUGCUUACAAGAUCAUCCAAUGCUCGUAUCUAACUUGUCCCUACGCCGCCGCCGACGGUGGCGCUCAACCCUCGGAGCUGGAGAAACGGCGGGGUUUGGUCUCAUCUCGUACCCCUCCAAAGUGCCCAACUUUUUUCAAGUUCAUUUACCGUGAUCUUGAACCGUGGUUCAAUACCCGGAUAUCCAUGGACCAAAUAACUCAGGCCAAGGAGCAUGCCGCUUUUCGUAUUGUUAUUGUCGAAGGGAAACUGUUUGUUGAUUUGUAUUAUGCUUGUGUACAGAGUAGAAUGAUGUUUACACUAUGGGGGAUUUUACAGCUUUUGAAAAAGUACCCUGGGAUGGUCCCUGAUGUCGAUAUCAUGUUCGAUUGUAUGGAUAAGCCUUCCAUCGAGAGGAAUCGAUUCGGAAACGGGUCUUUGCCGGUACCUCUGUUCCGGUAUUGCACGACGGAGGCUCACUUGGACAUCCCUUUUCCUGACUGGUCCUUUUGGGGAUGGUCGGAAGUAAAUAUUAAGCCAUGGGAUGAGCAGUUCAAAGAGAUUAAGCAGGGAUCACGAACUCAAACCUGGGCGAAGAAGAUAAAACGUGCCUAUUGGAAAGGAAACCCAGACGUUCAGUCUCCAAUACGUACAGAGCUAAUGCGGUGCAAUGACUCUAGUCUGUGGGGUACAGAAAUCAUUCGUCAGAACUGGACCGAAGAAGCAAAGGCUGGGUAUGAGCGGUCCAAACUAUCCAAUCAAUGUAAACAUCGUUAUAAGAUAUAUGCUGAAGGCUACGCUUGGUCUGUAAGCUUGAAAUAUAUUCUAUCAUGUGGUUCACUUCCUCUAAUUAUUUCCCCACAAUAUGAAGACUUCUUCAGUCGUGCUCUUAUUCCUAAGUUAAACUACUGGCCCGUCUCUUCCAUCGAUGUAUGUCGCUCCAUCAAGUUCGCCGUUGACUGGGGCAAUUCAAACCCAUAUCAGGCACAGGCAAUCGGAAAAAGAGCGCAGCAACUGAUGCAAAGUAUGAGCAUGGAUCAGGUUUACCAUUACAUGUUUCACCUGAUUUCGGAAUAUGCAAAGCUGCAAGACUUUAAGCCAGUCCCGCCGCCAUCGGCUCAGCAAGUAUGCGAAGAAUCCAUGCUCUGCUUUGCAGACGAAAAGCAAAAGGAACUACUUAAGAAAUCAGCAGUCACUUCGGUUUCGACGACACCGCCAUGCACACUUACCAGGAGUCCCAACCCGAAUUUUUUCACUGCUUGGGCUGAAAAGACGCAGAAGAUAAUCGAUGAGGUGAAAGACAUGGAGAAUAGAACAAAUGCGGCUAUCACUUAGAUAUGUAUAGUACGGAUUUAGGUAUUCUGUUCGACAUUCAUACCGAAAAAAAACCCAUUUUUCUUACUGAUUAUGUUUUAUAUUUAUACAUUAAUUCAAAAGAAU